AUGGACGCUCCUGAGCAAUUGUAUUCGCUUGUGCUUGAAUUGUCUUCACCGGAACAGCGUGAGAGUGCGCUCUUGGAGCUCAGUAAAAAACGAGAAGACUUUCCAGAGCUUGCACCGAUUCUAUGGCAUUCUUUUGCUCACGCGUCAAAUCGAGUAUGCAAUGCUUUAGCACUUUUACAGUGUGUAGCAUCACAUUCCGACACACGUACGCAUUUUUUAAAUGCGCAUAUUCCAUUGUACUUGUACCCAUUUCUUAAUACAGUGAGCAAGAAUCGACCAUUUGAGUACUUACGUUUGACAAGUCUUGGAGUUAUUGGUGCCUUAGUGAAGAUUGAUGAUUCAGAUGUAAUCAAUUUUCUAUUACAGACAGAAAUUAUUCCAUUAUGUCUGCGGAUUAUGGAAGCUGGAAGUGAAUUGAGCAAGACAGUAGCUACUUUUAUUUUACAAAAGAUAUUACUGGAUGAUAUGGGGUUAACGUAUAUUUGCCAUACACCCGAACGUUUUUAUGCUGUGGGAACGGUACUAAGCAAGAUGGUUACGACGCUAGUUGAAGCACCAGCACCACGUUUGCUCAAGCACAUCAUUCGCUGCUACUUGCGUCUUUCGGACAAUCCUCGUGCUAAGGAUGCACUUCGGCAGUGUUUGCCUGAUGCUUUGCAUAAUCACAUGUUUGACGAAGCAUUGAAGGAAGAUGCUACUACUAGCCGUUGGCUAUCGCAAUUAUUGUACAAUAUUAGUACAGAUGCUACUGUCGGGGCUGGAGCUGUUCAAGGUGCACGUCUUACGAGUUAA